UAUCAUUGAAUUUUCCAAAAAUUGUUACUGAAUACGCAAAUUUCCUCGGGGAAGCAACUCAAAAGCAACGUAUCGAGCGGUGUGACUUAUCGGAGGGCGUGACUUAUCGGAGGGCGUGACUUAUCGGAGGGCGUGACUUAUCGGAGGGCGUGACUUAUCGGAGGGCGUGACUUAUCGGAGGGCGUGACUUAUCGGAGGGCGUGACUUAUCGAGCGGUGUGACUUAUCGGGGGGCGUGACUUAUUGAGCGGUGUUACUUAUCGAGCGGUGUAACUUAUCGAGCGGUGUGCCUUAUCAAGCGGCGUGACUUAUCGGGGGGCGUGACUUAUCAGGGGGCGUGACUUAUCAAAAGGUACGUGAAUUAGCGCGCAUAACCACUGGCAGCAUAAUGCCUCGCAAACUUAGUGAAAAAGAAAGGAUUAAGAAAAAAAGGGAGAAUGAAGAGUUCCGUCGAGCAGAAGUCGAAAGAAAUGCUGAAGCCAAGAAAUUGCGUAGGAUGGAUGCAAACAUUCGACACCAAGAGCAAGAACGAGACACAGCAGCACACGCAGAGCGUCGCAAAGUCGACAUGUACCGUGAAGACGAAAACAAGCGGAAUCGGAUGGAGCAUGUUACCCGCAGAGGAAACGAGGAUUUUCGCGAGGCGGAAAAUGAGCGGAAUCGGAUGGAACAUACUACCCGCAGAGAAAACGAGGACUAUCGCAAGGCGGAAAAUGAGCGGAAUCGGAUGGAACAUGCUACCCGCCGAGAAGACAAGUCUUAUCGUGAAGACGAAAAAGAACUAGACAGGAUGAGGCAUGCUACCCGCCGAGGAAACGAGGAUUAUCGAGACGCGGAAAAUGAACGGAAUCGGAUAGAACAUACUACCCGCAGAGAAGACGAGGACUAUCGCGAAGCGGAAAAUGAGCGGAAUCGGAUGGAACAUGCCAGGCGCCGAGAAGACGAAACUUACAAACAGGCCGAACAACAGCAGAACACAAUUAAAAAAGCAAUUUCACGUCAUGCGGCUCAGACUAAUUUUGAUGCAUUAUGUAAAUCUUUCCAUUGUGAGAUACUUGAUCAACCGAGAUGGAUAUGUGGUUCGUGUGGAGGGUUAUGGUAUCGAUCAUCUAUGCAUCCAACAACAGUAGAAGUCGUGCGGAAACUUAAUCCUAAUCUUAAUCCUAAUCUUAAUCCUAAUCUUAAUCCUUUUGCCCAUCUAAAAGUCGAUGGGAAGUACUUCUUAUGCGGCACAUGUCACGAUUCGUUGAAGAGUGGUGACGUGCCCCGGUUGUGUAUGUCAAACGGGUUGUAUUUUCCUCCAAUUCCACAUCAAUUACAGAAUAUGACAAGUUUAGAGGAACGUUUAGUGGCAUUAAGAUUACCGUUUGCUCAGAUUAGAUCCUUAGGGACCGACCGUCAGUACGGAAUCCGAGGGGGAGUAGUAAACGUUCCAAACGACAUGGACAUAGUCGCCAAAGUUAUUCCCCGCAGUUUCGAUGAGACUAGUACAGUGCAGGUUCAAUUGAAGCGCCGCAUGUCUUAUAAGCAUCCAUAUAUGUUCCAAACAAUUCGACCACAUAAAGUUUUUCAUGCCGCUAAUUAUUUAGUACGUACAGAAUUGUAUAAAAAGGAAAAGGUGUUUCUUUCGUCAGACUGGGCUAAUAGUGUUUCAACAGACACAGUAGAAUAUAUAGUAAAUCCAAGCGAUGCAAGUGAUACAGACAUAGAAAACAUUCAAGAUCUCUCUAUCAGUGACAAAGCCGAAACUGAAGAUAAUGAUGCACCGUUAACGGAAACUCUUAUGCAAGAAGAUCAACUAAUCAUGGCAGUGGCACCUGGUGAAGGAAUGCGCCCGUUGUCUUUACUAAUGGAUCUCGACGCCAAGGAGUUAUCUUUCCCAUCCAUUUACUGCGGCAUCAAACGAAAAUUGAAUCCAGAAGCUAAUUUGUCAUACACUGAUAUUGCAAAGUCAGAACUUCGCCGAUUUGACCCACGUUGCAGAAGAGCGGACAAAAUCCUAUAUAGCUACCGACUGGUCCAAACUCACAGGAUUGCUAGUAACAUCAACAUCUGUCUUCGAAAAAAGAAAAAACGUGGGAUCGUGACUGUUGGCAAUCUACUUAACAAGGAAUGUGUCCAGAGCAUAAUUCAACACGAUGAUGGGUAUCGACUUUUGCCAAACAUUGUGAACUCUCCUUCAUAUUUAGAAGAAAAGAAAAAGGAUGUGAUGGCUCUGAUUCGUCAAUUAGGACUCCCAACAUUUUUUAUUACAACAUCAGCUGCAGAGACGAAAUGGCCAGAGUUGAUUUCAAUGCUUCACACUAAAAAGUAUGGGACUGAGCUAACAGAUAAAGAAGUUUCCAAUCUCACAUUCGAUGCUAAAGCAGAUCUCAUAAGACAUGACCCUAUAGGGUGUGUCAUGGCUUACGACAGGCGAGAGAAGGCAAUGGAUAAAUUCUUGAUCAAGCCCGUGGGUGGAAUAUUUCAUCCUUAUGUACACCAGGACUUCUUUAAAAGGAAAGAGGUUCAACAACGCGGGUCAAUACACACACACAGAAUGGAUUGGAUUAAGGAUGCUCCGAAGUUUGACAGAGAAAAUUCCCUAACUCACCAAGCUUGCUGUGCAUUCAUAGAUGAAUUCAUUACCUGUAGAAAAGAUGAAGCCGAUGACAUAAAGGAGGUCCUGGCAUAUCAAAUUCAUAAUCAUUCCCAUACUUGCGAAGACAAAAGGCGAGGAUGCAGAUUCGGUUUUCCAAUUCCACCCAUGAGGACGACUAGAAUAUUACUUCCACUACCUCCGGAUCAAGUGAAGUUAUAUAAACAACAAUUUGUCACUAUUAAAGAAAAGCUUGCCACAUUUGGGCGACAUGAAGAAGAAAUUAACUUUGAUACUUUUCUUCAAGAGAUGGAUCGGACUGAAGAAAAUUACAUUCUUUCAGUUCGUUCCAACCUAAGAAUUCCCAAAGUAUUUCUUCGGCGAGGAACCCAUGAAAUUUAUAUAAAUGCAUACAAUAGGAAGCUUCUUCUAUGUUGGCGCGUAAAUAUCGACAUUCAAUAUGUGUUGGACCCGUACGCGUGCGCGACUUACGUUGUCAAUUAUAUAAGCAAGUCAGAUCGAGGCGUGUCGAAACUUUUACGACAAGUUAGCAAAGAAAUCAGGGAUGGUAAUUUUAGUUUGAAAGAACGCUUAAGUUCAUUUGCCAAUGCUUUUGCAAAAUCCUCAGAGGUAUCCGCUCAAGAGGCCGCUUGCUGUUUAUUAAAAAUACCAAUGACACAAAGUUCACGUGAUGUCACAUUCAUCAAUACAAAUCGACCGGACGACAGGGGUAAUUUUCGUCAAGCCUGCAGACGAAAUGGAGAAAAUGGAUCCUGAUUCAUGCGAUAUAGCACUCAAAGGAAUUUUAGAGCGUUAUGUUGUGCGGCCGAGGGAAUUAGAUGACCUUUGCUUAGCUGAUUAUGUCGCAAACUAUAACUUCACGAAACUAUCAUGCCCUCGGCGGAAGCAAACUAAUCUACCGACAACUGCAUUAAGCUUGACUGAUAAUAGUGGGUGCAUAACUAGGAGAGUAACUUCUAGAAUUAUUCGAUAUCGCAGAUUCGGCCUCUAUCAAGAUCCUGAAAAUUUUUAUAGGGAACAAAUUAUGCUGUAUGUACCAUGGCGGGAUGAAAGCAAAGAUCUUCUUGAUAUUGAUCAUCUUUCUGUGUAUCAAAACAGCUUGGAUCUAAUUACACAAAAGCGGCAAAUAUAUGAUCCAAGUUUUCUUGAGAAUGAACUAGAGGUAGGACUGAGUAUGGCAGAGGAAGACGAGGAAACUUUUGACAAUGAUUUGCUUGAUCAUAAUCCAAUCGAAUUCAUUGCAGAAGAUCAAGAUUUUGCGAUUGAGUUAGGGAAUUCUACUUCUUCUAAAUUUAUGUCUAUUCGUCCUCCAAAGUUGAUACCAACAGACGAUUACCUCCAGCUAUUGAAAACUUUGAACGAAGGUCAACGGAAGUAUUUACUGAACCUUUUGCAUAAUAUGAAAGGAAGAUCCGGACAAAACUUCCACGUAAUUCAUGGGCAGGCCGGUGUAGGAAAGAGUAGACUAAUUACUGCAAUAGUUCAGUGCAUAUUAAGGAUGUCAGACAAGGAACCUGGAUUAAGUGGUGAAGCAAUUCCUGUGCUAGUAGCAGCAGCAACUGGUAAAGCUGCAUUUAACGUUAGCGGUAUGGCAUUGCACUCUGCAUUUAGACUCCCACCAAAUCAAUACGGAGGAAAAAUGACUCCACUCGAUCAUGGUUCGUGUAAUACGUUGAGAUGUAAGUUUGAGGCUUUGAAAGUUUUGAUAAUUGAUGAGAUUUCCUUAGUUAGCUUGAAAAUGUUCACACAAAUUGAUCAAAGAUUACGGCAAAUCUUAGGCGUCGACGAAUUGUUCGGAGGGGUUAGUGCGUUGGUCGUAGGUGACUUUUACCAGCUGAGUCCAGUCUUUGGACAAUUUGUUUUCGAGGAUAGUAAGGAAAUUUUAGGUCCGAUCAUUGGAAAUCCACUCUGGGAGAGAUUUAGAUUAUUUGAACUUAAGGAAAUCAUGAGGCAAAAAGAUGACGCCAAGUUUGCAACUGCAUUAAACAGGCUGUCCAUAGGAAUGCUUGAAGAGGAAGAUAUCCAAAUGUUCAAGAGUCGAGAAAUCGGAAAAAAAUUAACUGUUCCAGAUGAUGCAACAUGGUUGUUUUACAGCAACGCUGAUUGCGAUAAAUUUAAUCGCGAAGCGAUAAAUCGAGCAAAGGGUCCAUUAUACAAUUCAUAUGCAAUAGAUAGAGUUCAGGGUGGAAAGGUCAUGGCGUCCCAACAAGCAAUGCUAGAGUCGGCCGAAUAUUUAAGUUUGCAGCAAACCGGAGGAACCACGUUGCAUUAAGAGUCGGCCUUCGUUAUAUGAUCACAACAAAUAUUGACGUAUCUGACGGAUUGUUUAAUGGUGCUACAGGAAAACUAAUGAGAGUAAUUGAGAAGCCAUUAACUAACGGAGAGAAGGCUGUAAAAAUUGUAUUUAUGGAAUUCUCUGAGAAAUUGGUAGGACAACUGGCAAGGGCAAAUAACCUGGCAUUACUCAAACAAUUAGAAAUUCCUCUGCAUUGGACCCCGAUCUUUUCGGAGACCAAGGCAUUAAAUAGUUUUGGGCACUAUCAAGGAAUGCAAAUUGUUCGCCGUCAAAUUCCCCUGGUUGCUGCUAAUGCCAUUUCAAUCCAUAAAUCACAAAGUCUGUCAAUCCCAAAUACGGUUGCUAAUAUUCCAACUCGAGGAUUGAGAAGGGAUGCGAUAUAUGUAGCUAUGAGUCGGGCACCUUCUUUAUCAGGAUUAUUCAUUAGCGGGACUUUUAAUGCACCACGUGCAAUCGACACUUUAAGACAUCCCGUGGCAUUGGAGCUCACUAGAUUGCGAAAAUUGCCAUUUCCAUAUUCUCUGAGAUAUUUACCAGACCAAGAAGAUCCUAAUAGAAUUGUAUUCCAUAACAUUCAGUCGUUCCGAGCACACUAUGAGGAUAUUCUUGCUGACAGAAAUUAUAUGGCAUCUGAUAUUCUGUGCUUUUGUGAAACUCGAACAUUGGUUUCAGAUAUGGUUGAACUGCCAGGAUUUUCUAUUUUGCAUCGAGUAGACUCGCCGACAAUCCAGUCAUCUAUUGGAACACUGGUGUUUAGAUGUGACUCGUACUCUCCAAGUAUAUCAGAUUUUCAAUACUCAAAUGGAAAUUUAAGUGCCACAAAACAUUUGCAAAUAGUUCAAUGGAAACAGAACGAUGUUAGAAUUUGUAUGUUAUACCGUAGUCCUCAGUAUAGUACGCUAACUUUUCUACAUGACAUUAGAAAUCUUCUGAACAGCACAAAAGGUACUCCAGUGAUUGUUUUCGGUGACUUCAACCUGAAUUUCCUAGCCAAGGAUGGAUGUCAAAUGAGACAGGUUUUCUCUUCAAUGGGUUUCCGAUUAGUAACUCCUCUUGAAAUUAGUACAGACGGAAAUACAUCGAUCGAUGCAUGUUUUUCUAAUAUUUAUGGCGUUUCAGCUUGGUUCUACGAAAGCUAUUUUAGCUAUCAUAAACCAAUUUGUGUGACUUGGUCAAACGACAUAGAUAUAUUGCCAUCACAUUCUGAAUCACAAAAUUGUACCUCAGAAACUGAACAAAUAUAGGUAGGUAUAAGUGAAACUGGACCAUUUGACGAAACCGUGGAAAUGGAUAUAGACGAAAAUUUGUCCACAGACGAUGUAAUUUGCGAACCAACCCCUUCAAUUCAUCUCGGCAUUCCAAAUUUAGGAAAUACAUGUUAUAUUAAUACAAUUCUUCACUUAUUAUACGAAUCUCAUUCCAUUCAAGAAUUUCUGAAAGUUAAUGAAGAUCAGCUAUCUCGUUGUCUGAUAGGAUUCUUCCAGGCAUUAGUUAGUCCAGUUCCACUGAGUUACCUCAGAACUACCAGGCUGCAGUUAGUUGAAUGCAUGCCAUCAUACCCCAUUGGAAUGCAAGAUGAUCCUCAUCUAUUUGUUCUUGACCUCCUGCAGAACUUAAGCAACUCUGGGUUAUCCCUAGAGGAAUAUGUUUCCACGAUUGAAACUGAGGUUAUGUGCACUUGUGGGAGUAAACGCACGAGAAAUGAAGCCUGUACUACUCUAUCGAUCGGUAGGUCAACGCAAAACUUACAAGAGUGCGUGAAUAAUCAUUUCACCGGUCAGCAAGAAUAUCUCUGUGAGAUGUGUAAAUUGUCAGGGUUAGUUAAUUUCAAAUCUAAUAUAGUAUUGGCGUCAAGAACUCUAUUCGUUAAUCUGAAAAUUUUUACAAAUCAAGGGGCAAAAAUUAUGGAGAAGUCAUUUGCACCAGAUGUGCUUACAUUGCCUGGCUCAGAUAAUGUGUACGGUUUGACAUUUAUAGUUAGUCACUUGGGCAAUUCCUUAAAUUCAGGGCAUUAUAUUGUGAAUUAUAGAAUUGUGAAUUAUUAUACUAUAUUAUAUCGACCUAAUCAUUAAUACGUGAUGUAGGUACUGCAUUAAAUACGAAUGUAUUUAUAUGUUAGUAUAUGCAUAUUCAUGUCCCUGAAUUAAUGCGGAAUUAUGAGUUGGCUUGCAAAAACAAUGUAUCUACCACGUAUGAAAAUCUUUUGUUAUUAAGGAGUUUUCCGGAAUUCUUAAAUAAUUCAAACCCACAAAAUUAUUAGUGUCAGCAUCAAACUCAAUUUCAGGCUAUAUUUACAUUGUGACAUUUCAUGUCAGCCUUCAUAAGUCCGUAAACACAUAAUUAGAUGUGCUAUUUAUAUUAAAACUACUUAACAUGUUACGUAGGCCUCGAAGGCUCAUCACCAAAAUCAUCAAAAUCAACACAUUUAUCCCCUCUGGAAAUUUAUGUACUUUAAAAUUCUGGACUACAAGUUUGUAGGGCAGGUCGCUGCCAAUUACAAAAAAAACAUGCACUCCAGAUUUUGACACUUUUUGAAGGAGGGGAUCUCUAGCCUUCAGAAAAACUGGAACUUAUUGAAACUGACUGAAAAAACUCGGUGUCAUUCAAUUAAACUCGACUCGACUUUAAUUUCAAAAUAAAUUCCCAGAGCAGAGAAAUGAUUAAAAAUGUGCUGAUUUUGGCGAUUUUUGGAACGAGUCAUAUUAAUCCAGAAGACUGAUACAGGCAACUAUGUGAAAUAUGCAUGCAAAUGUCAACAUGGAGGUCAGGUGGUCAUGAAAACUAAUACUUCCGUAUUUGAUCAACUGCCCAAGAUCUGAGAGAAGGUUAUUCCGACAACAAACGCAAACAAGGUAAAUUCAAUCUGCAAGCUAUUCAACUUCCCUUUUAAAAUAACCUUACUAUAAAAGUGCUGUGAUUUGACUAGAAAAUCAUCAGAUACGAAACACCCAUUCCUCUGAAUCACACGCAAACAGUACUCUAGUUUUAUCUCAGCUUAAAAACCUUAAGUACUCUUGCUAAUUAAAUCCAUUAUCUACAUCUUUGCAAUGAACAACUUCAUCAAGCUCUUGGCCGCCAUGGCACUUCUUUUCGCUACCGUUUACGCCACAAGUUUGCACCAGGAUGGACACGACAUGAGUGAUUCGUCCCCAGGAUCAAACGCAAACGCAAAAUGGCUUCCCCCAGGAAUCUGGAUCCCACUGCCUAACUUGGCCCCCACAGGAAACACGACUGGUUAAAUAUAUAUUUUCGUUCCAAUAUGGUCGACUUGGCAUUACAUAUUUACGUAGUAAUUUAUGCAAAAUAAUAACAUAAACAAUAUAUCAGCCCAAGUAAAUAAAUAAUUUAUUGUUGAAAUGAGCUUCUUAUA